AUGGAAGAGCAGAUCGCCGAUUACGUUGUCGUGGGCGGCGGCCUUGCGGGAUGCGUUGUGGCGUCGCGUCUCAGCCAGAACGACAAGAGCGUCAUCCUGCUUGAGGCAGGACCCGACGCAUCCAGCAACCCUACGACUGCCUUCUUUCUGACCGGGCUAUCGCUUCAGGGUGGUGAGCUUGACUACGCCUACUCAAGUGAGCCUGUCCCGACUACAGCCGAUCGCGCUGGCUUUGAGGAGACGCUGCCGACUACGACGAGUGGGCCGAGCUGGCCGCCGAUGAGCGCUGGAGCUAACCUGCAGGAACAUGGCUUCGACGGACCUAUGUAUGUCACUUCGAUCGCUGGCGCCGAGGGCGGACAACGCAAGUACCCUCAUCGAGAAACCGUCUUGAAGGCAUGGGCCGAGCUUGGCGUCUCUCACAACGUCGACAUGAAGGAUGGUGCCAGCGUGGGUGUGAAUGAGAUACAUGAGAACUGCGACAGCGAGGGCAAGCGACAGCCGUCCAACGUGGUCUAUCCGCUUGAUAAAGCCAAUGUUCUCACCAAUUUGCCUGUACAUAGAGUCAUCUUCGAUGGUACCAACAGAGCGACAGGGGUUGAGCUUGUCGACGGCCGCAAGGUUACUGCCCGAAAGGAGGUCAUCCUCUCGGCCGGCGCUUACCAGACUCCCAAAAUCCUCAUGCUCUCAGGUGUCGGCCCAUCAGCCCAGCUUGCUGAGCACGGCAUCCAUCUCGUACACGAAUCCCCGUACGUCGGUCAAAAUCUCCACGACCAUUAUGCCAUCCACCUCGCCUAUCGUCUGCGCGAUCCUUCACUCGGGUACGCCUUUGGGGGCACCGGUUUUCAACACCCUGCCUUCUUCAAGGGUCUCCCGUGGGACUGGAUCGCCAACCAUCCUCUCCCAGAGGACAUCCUCACCAAGAACAAGAAUGAGACCAGAGCUGGCUGGGAGAAACGAAAUGUCUACAAGGUCGGCACUGCUUAUGUAGUGCCAGGCAUCCCGGGUAUCCCCGUCGAUGGCACUCAUAUUUCCACGUCGACAAUGUUGCUCCUGCCGACAUCACGGGGUACGGUCACGAUCCGAUCUAGCUCACCGGCAGAUCUCCCGCGCAUCCAGCCCAACUAUCUCUCGACCCAGCAUGACCGCGAUGCUCUGGUUCAUGGUACCCGCACAGCCAUGAGGCUCCUGACGGCAACUGAAAACCUGAAGGCCGUCGUCGAGGGCGAAUCGCCACCUGUCAAGGAAGGCCUGGAAUGGCUGGAGCCCCUGACUGUCGAUGCGAGUGACGAGGUGAUAUUGGACAGGCUCCAGCGCACCGGGGAGCAGCACCAGCACUCCGGCGGUACUGCGGCCAUGGGCAAGGUGGUUGACGCGGAAGGCAAAGUGUUUGGUGUCACGGGGCUGAGGGUUGCCGAUGCAAGCAUCGUGCCAGUCCCCCUGGGCGGUCAUCCUCAGGCUUCGCUGUACGCCAUGGCCGAGCAGCUCGCCAAUAUGAUUCUUGCAGAUUCAUGA